AUAAAAAAUAUUCCAACUAAUAUCAUCAAUCAUAAAAUAAGCAAUUUAAAAGAUAGAUAGAUACAUAUUUUUAUUUUUGAAAGUUCACUACAUGAUGUCAUUUUUAAAAGGUUUUGAAAGGCCUUCAAAGAAGCAAUUCAUAUAUUUGCUUAUAUUCAGAAUAAUAAAUGCUUAUUUAUUAAGAACGUAUUACGCAGCUGAUGAGUAUUGGUAAUCUACAGAAAUAGCUCAUAAUGAUGUUUUUGGAUAUGGAUAUAAGUCUUGGGAAUGGACAAGAGAAGCUCCUUUGAGAAGUCCUUUAUAUGUUUUUAUUUUUAGCACUAUGUAUAAUAUAUUAAAAUAUACUAGCCUAGACUUUCCAAUUUUAGUUGCAUACUUACCUAAGCUUAUAGCUGCAACAUAAGCUGCCACUUUUGAUUACUUUUUAUUAAAGAUUGUCUAUGUUUAUUUUGGAUAAACUCAUGUUUUACCAGCAAUGAUUCUUCAUCUUACUAACUGGUAUUCUCUUUUUGCUAUCCCUAGGUUAAUAUUUAAUGUAUUAGAAAUGACACUAUUUGCAAUCACACUAUACUUUUAUAAGCUAUCUAUUUCAAAAAAUUUCAAGACCUUUGAUUAUAUUUCAAGAAUUGUAGCUACUAUAAAUUUUAUUGCUAAGCCUACAUCCAUAAUUCCUUUGACACUAAUAUGGCCUUAUAGAUUAUUUACUAUGCCUGGAAAAAUCAAAGAUAAGAUUGAAUACUUCUUCUUAAACGUUUUUACUGUUUUAGUGAUGAUAGUUAGCUCUCUCUUAGUUGAUGUACUAUACUAUAAAAGAUUCACAUGGACUGUAUACAACUUCUUUGAAUUUAACUUUUUGGAAGCUGGUUCAAGCCUUUAUGGAACACAUCAUAAAUUUUGGUAUGUUACUGAAUGCAUACCUUACUUGCUUUUAGGUUCUGUUGUUUUUUUUGCUAUUGGUUUAGUAAAGUAUGUUUCUGAUUAGUUAAAUAAGAGAGCAGGUUUGGAUUUAAUUAUUUUCAUGAUUUACUUUAUUUUGGUGCUUUCUCUUUCUGCACAUAAGGAGGAUCGUUUUUUAUUACCUCUGUGGCCAUUAUUUAUGCUUUUUACUUGCUAUGGGUGUGUUUAGUUAAAAUCAAGCAGAUACCUGAAAUAUCUACUUUUUAUUUCAAUAAUAUCAAAUAUUGGCUUGUUUGCUUUUAUGGGAAUACAUCACCAAAGAGGUGCCUUUUCAGUUGUUGAUUCUUUGAGAUAAUAAGGAGAUAGAGUAAAAUCUGUAUAUUUUUUUACUGAAUGUCAUCAGACACCUUACUACUCAUUUGUUCACAAGAAUAUUUAUAUGGACUUCCCUGAUUGCAAGCCUGAAAAUAGAAUAAAAGGAUCAGAUUCUAGUAAGCUAUUCAAAUAUCCAUAGGAAUUUAUCAAAAAUAUAAUUGAAAGUCAAAAUCCUUCUCAUAUAAUUAUAUUGAACCAUUUUACUAGAGACUAAAAUGUAGCAAAGAUACUAGAAAAGCAUCGUUAUCAAAAAAUUGCAGAGCAUGGACAUGCUAUGUUUAUUGAUAGCCCAAUAGGGACGAUAAAUGAUGUAACCAUGAUCCUAAUGGAAAAAUAAGAUUUAUAAAAAUGAUUUUGUUUAAAUAAAAUUUGAAACUCAUAAAUAAAUAUGAUUUUAUUUAAAGUUGAAUUUUGUUUGUGUUUAUAAUAUUUAUAUUUUAUUUAUUUUUAUUGGAAAAUUAAAUUUUAAAUUUCUAAAUUCUAAGUAUGUUAACACAACUUUUUCUGUCUGUUUGUAUAUAUCUAUUUAUCUA